CCUUGAGCGUCUGUGCCACGUGACUUAAACCCUCGUGGUUCAAGUUCGACCACCCGAUUCUGAAAGAUGGUUACACCCUCUCCUGUUCCAGGACAGACAUGGGCGCUACCACUGUCCGGGCUUGAGGGGAGCCUUCUACCCGGAUGUGACCGCACGUUGACCCGGAAAAGGAGGGCGCCGGGGCAGUGGGGCCUGGGCCGCAGCUAUGGAGGGAGCAGGUUACAGGGUGGUGUUUGAGAAGGGAGGCGUGUACCUGCACACCAGUGCCAAGAAGCACCAGGACCCGGACUCGCUCAUCGCCGGCGUCAUCCGUGUCGUGGAGAAGGACAACGACGUUCUCCUGCACUGGGCCCCUGUAGAGGAGGCUGGAGAUUCCACCCAAAUCUUCUUCUCCAAGAAGGACACCAGUGGGAGUGACUCCUGCACCUCCGAGGAGGAACCGACCUUUGACCCUGGCUAUGAACCCGACUGGGCCGUCAUCAGCACCGUGCGGCCACGGCCCCGCCACUCAGAGCCCACAAGAGGUGCAGAGCCCAGCUCCCCCCGGGGGUCCUGGGCCUUCUCAGUGAGUCUGGGGGAGCUCAAGUCCAUCCGCCGGUCCAAGCCGGGCCUCAGCUGGGCCUACCUGGUCCUGGUGACGCAGGCCGGAGGCUCCCUGCCCGCCCUGCACUUCCACCGCGGGGGCACCCACGCCCUGCUGCGCGUCCUCAGCCGCUACCUGCUGUUGGCCAGCUCCCCACAGGACUCCCGGCUCUACCUGGUGUUCCCGCACGACUCCUCGGCCCUGUCCAGCUCCUUCCACCACCUCCAGCUCUUUGACCAGGACAGCUCCAACGUCGUGUCUCGCUUCCUCCAGGACCCCUACUCCACCACCUUUGGCAGCUUCUCCCGCGUGACCAACUUCUUUCGGGGAGCUCUGCAGCCGCACCCCGAGGGGGCCUCCCCCGACCUGCCCCCGCCCCCCGAUGAUGAGCCCGAGCCGGGGUUCGAGGUCAUUUCCUGUGUGGAACUGGGGCCGCGGCCGGCGGUGGAGCGGGCGCCUCCGGUCACAGAGGAGGAGUGGGCCCGCCACGUGGGCCCCGAGGGCCGCCUGCAGCGGGUCCCCGAGCUGAAGGCCCGGAUCUUCUCGGGGGGUCUGAGCCCUGGCCUGCGGCGCGAGGCCUGGAAGUUCCUCCUGGGGUACCUCAGCUGGGAGAGCUCCGCCGAGGAGCACAAGGCCCACGUGCGCAAGAAAACGGAUGAGUAUUUCCGCAUGAAGCUGCAGUGGAAAUCCGUGAGCCCCGAGCAGGAGCGGAGGAACUCCCUGCUGCACGGAUACCGCAGCCUCAUCGAGAGAGACGUGAGCCGCACUGACAGGACCAACAAAUUCUAUGAGGGUCCCGAGAACCCCGGGCUGGGCCUGCUGAACGACAUCCUCCUUACCUACUGCAUGUACCACUUUGACCUCGGCUACGUCCAGGGCAUGAGUGACCUCCUCUCCCCGAUCCUCUACGUCAUUCAGAACGAGGUGGAUGCCUUCUGGUGCUUCUGUGGCUUCAUGGAGCUCGUGCACGGGAACUUUGAGGAGAGUCAGGAGACGAUGAAGCGGCAGCUCGGACAACUCCUGCUGCUCCUGAGGGUGCUGGACGCGCCGCUCUGCGACUUCCUGGACUCCCAGGACUCCGGCUCUCUCUGCUUCUGCUUCCGGUGGCUGCUCAUCUGGUUCAAGAGGGAAUUUCCCUUCCCCGAUGUCCUCCGGCUGUGGGAGGUGCUGUGGACAGGGCUUCCCGGCCCCAACCUGCACCUGCUGGUGGCCUGCGCCAUCCUGGACAUGGAGCGCGACACCCUCAUGCUCUCCGGCUUCGGCUCCAAUGAGAUCCUCAAGCACAUCAACGAGCUGACCAUGAAGCUAAGUGUGGAGGACGUGCUGACGCGGGCUGAGGCCCUCUACCGGCAGCUGACCGCCUGCCCGGAGCUGCCCCACAACGUGCAGGAGGUCCUGGGUCUGGCGCCGCCGGCAGAGCCCCGCAGCCCCUCGCCCCCUGUCUCCCCGCUGUCGCUGUCGCCCACCCGGGCCCCACCAGCCCCGCAGCCCCCAGCGGACACAGCUGCGCAGCCAGACAGCAGCCUGGAGAUCCUGCCAGAGGAAGAGGAGGAGGAAGGCGCCAACUCCUAACCCCCCUUGGCCGGCGGUGGCCCGCCCAGCACAGGCACUUUAUGCAGCUCCGGCGCCACAUCCCCGCCCCCCAGAGUGGGGGGUUGGGGA